AUGUAAAUAAAUAAAAGAGGGAGACCAAAAAAAUAAUAACAAUAAUAAUAAAAUGUAAUUGCAAUCAAUCAAUCAAUCUCACUUAGAAAUAAUAAAUAAAAUGAUCAUUUAGAUAUAACACCUGAGUAUGAUAAAAUCAUGGCUUAAAUCAAAGAAACUUAUGCUUCCUUAAAUAAUGCUAGUCUUCAAAAAUAAUAGUAAAUUUAAGAUUCACCAAAAAGACUUAAAAAAAUUGUUAAAAGAAGUUAAAAGCUGAAACACCCUAUAAAAUCUAAUAAAAAAUAAGAGUGUUUAGAGUAAAAUGUUAAAUUAGAACACCAAAAUUUAUAAGAGCAUUUAGAUUAGAUUAUAUCUAAAUUUUAAUAAAUAUUUAAGAAUUUUACUGAAAAUAUAAAAAUAGAGAUUGCAAAGACAGAAUAGGAAAUGCUUAAAAUUUUGAAAUGA